AUGAUACGGUUGACACGAGUUGAUAAAGAACCAGAAUAUGAUAUGGGUGGAUGUGUUAUUUGCAGGGAAAAUGAUUUCAGUGUUGAUAAAUUUGACGACCGAAUAGUAAUAAUUUGUGAUCAGUGUGAGAAGGAGUAUCAUGUUGGUUGCUUGUGGGACAUUGGGCUAUGUGAGUUGGAAGAGCUUCCUAAAGAAAAGUGGUUUUAUUGUGACGACUUCAGUCAAAUAUAUGUGGCUCUACAGACUUCAGUUUCUACUGGAGCAUAUACUAUACCCACUCCCUUGUCUGAACUAAUAAUCAGGAAGCACAAGGAGAGGGGGUUGUGUACCCAUGAACUGAUUCCUGUUAUGGUCUAUGGGAGAAAUAUUUCUGGCCAAGAAUUUGGGGGAACGUAUUGCAUUGUUUUUAUUUUGAAUUCUAUUGUAGUAUCUAUCAGGCUUCUUAGGAUUUUUGGCUGCAAUAUUGAUGAGCUUCCCCUGGUAGCUACAAGUAGAGAGUAUCAAGAAAAAGGGGAUGCAAAGUCAAUUUGGACUAAGAAAUUAGGCUUUCACAAGAUGAGUGAAGAUCAGUUAUCCAAAUAUCUUAAAGAGGGUCUCUACUAUUUCAAAACCAUGAAAGAGCAUUAUGGACUCGAGCCUUCGAUGGAUCACUAUGGUGCCAUGGUUGACCUUCUCGGUCGAGCUGGAAAGCUAGUGAUGCCAAUGAUAGUACAAUUGUUUUUGUGCAAAAAGGCCAUUUUUAUGUUUCAAAAGAUAUCUUUCCACAGGUUCAAGAAGCUGUCAGCGGUAGUGUUUUUGUCCAGAUGCCUAACACUUGGGUAA